AUGGGACUGUCAGAGAGUCAUGAAAGAGAGGUGACAGCUGGACACUCUCUGAAUAGUGGUGAAACAGAUCAUGUAACAUCGAGAAGAGAAACUGUUGUACACUGCUUAAAACUACAUGACAUAUCCUGCACUGAGGAUGUGGUGCCAAACAUCGCUGUACUUGGUUCUGGGGGAGGUCUGAGAGCCAUGGUGGCACUACUGGGAUCACUGUGCCAGCUGGAUAAAGAGGGAUUACUAGACUGCAUUAUGUACCUGAGUGGAGUCUCCGGAUCUACCUGGUGCAUGGCAUCAUUAUACAAAGAACCAGACUGGUCCACCCAACUGCAAGCUGUUACAGAUGGCAUAGUGGAAAGGCUUGUUAAUGGUGAAGUUACAAUUAUGGAGAAAAUAAACAAGUUGGUGCAAUACUCUAAGUAUGACAACUUUAGUCUCACACAUGUCUGGGCUGUGUUUCUAUCAGGAAUAGUGAAAGAGCUUGAUGAGCAAGUUCUUAAUGAGCAGAAGGAUGAGGACAGUGAAGAUGACGGCAAAGAGUACAGUGACGAUCACAGUGAAGACCCAUAUCCCAUCUACACUGUGAUUGAUAAACAGUGCAAAAACCAAAAACUCCAUAAAGAUGUUUGGUUUGAAAUCACUCCUCAUGAAGCAGGUUAUUCCCUCACUGGGGCGUUUGUGGACUCAUCUUGGUUUGGAAGUGAAUUUAAUAAAGGAAAAAGACAUGAAGAAAAGUCCUGUCCCAGUAUUGACAUGCUGUACCUACAAGGUCUAUGUGGCAGUGCACUGGCUAAGAGGGCGGUGAUUGUCUACUGGAUACUGGACUGGCUACGUGAUUUACUUACAUGUAAAAAAUUUGAUGAUACCGGUGUUUACCCUGGAAUCUGUAUACUGGAAGGUUUAAUCACACAAAAAGAAGCAGAGGAGUUCACACUGCCCGUGUGCAAUUCUUACCUGCAAUGGUUCCAGGGAUGUGAUGUAUUAAUUGGCGUUGCUAAAGCUUUAAAGCUAACUCUGAGUUGGACCUGGGGAACAACAUACAACUUCCUUGAUGAGAUGACAGUGAAAGACGUUGACCCCAGUGUCCUGAAAUCAACAAAGAGAGAAUAUGAGGACGCUGGACUGUUACUCAACUCACCAUACUUUUCAGUGCUCAGAAAAGAACGGAAAAUUGAUCUCAUUAUUUCCCUCGACUUCAGUGAAGACGACAAUCAUUUUAAGACAUUGGAUGCAGCUGCUGAAAAGUGCAAAGAGGCAGAGAUUGAUUUUCCUGACGUGUCUCACAUGCAUGAUCGAGAACCACUGGAUUUUUAUGUGUUUAAGGGCAAUGAAAACGCUCCGACGGUGAUCCACAUUCCUCUGUUCAACGCCAUUAACUGUCCAGGAGAAGUUGAGGCGUGGAGGAGAAAUUUCAGCACCACGACGCUGCAUUACACUGCUGAGAUGAUCACAGAUCUGAUAGAGAAAGCUGAACUGAACAUCAGAAACAACAAAGAGAAACUACUGAGAGAAAUUAAAAACAUCAUCGAGCAGAAGCAGAAAACCAAAGGGACCAAAAAGGAAAAAUAAGUAAAAACUGUCAGUGCUCUAAACA